ACUCAGUACCAUUCUCGACAUUCAAACGUCAAAUACCUCUUUUUCGAAGAGUUCGUAGUUGGAUUAACCUAAAUAUUGCGUUCCAUAUCUCGUGACACACAACAAUAAAAAAGUCGUGUUAAUUAACGUACGAAAAAUAUGCUAUUUGAUUUAGCACAAGUAUGCUAAAUAAAACUCAUCCAAAGAGCAGAGUUCAAUUUUGAGAGCACUAUGGGUCAAACUUUGUCAGAACCAGUGACUGCCAAAAAUACAGCAUGCUGCCAAAACGCCAAUUUCCAAGUGGGCUCAAGUUCAAUGCAAGGAUGGCGUAUCAACAUGGAGGACUCCCAUACGCACAUCCUAUCCUUGCCUGAUGACCCCGACGCUGCGUUUUUCGCAGUUUACGACGGCCACGGGGGCUCCAAAAUCUCUGAAUAUGCCGGCAAACACCUCCACAAAUUCAUAACAAACCGAGAGGAAUACAAGAACGGUCAGAUUGAAGAGGGCAUGAAACAGGCCUUUUUGGAAAUUGAUAGAGUCAUGCUUGAGGAUGAAUCAUUAAGAAACGAGCAAUCAGGCUCUACAGCGGUCACUAUUAUUAUCAAAAAUAAUAAUUUGUACUGUGCAAAUGUGGGGGACUCCAGAGCCGUUGCUAGUAUUGGAGGAAAAGCAGAGCCCCUUUCUAACGAUCACAAGCCUAACAAUAAGGAGGAAUAUGACAGGAUAAUAGCAGCAGGAGGCUGGGUUGAUUUCAAUAGAGUUAAUGGGAAUUUAGCCCUUUCGAGGGCACUCGGCGAUUUUAUUUUCAAAAGAAACGAGGAUAAACGCCAGGAGGAACAAAUCGUUACAGCCUAUCCGGAGGUCCAGUCGUACGAGAUAACCCCCGAUUGGGAGUUUGUGGUGGUGGCCUGUGAUGGUAUCUGGGAUGUGAUGAGUAACGAAGAGGUGGUUUCGUUUGUAAGAACCCGAAUAGCGUCAGGAAUGGAACCGGAAGAGAUAUGUGAAAACCUAAUGAUGAUUUGUUUAGCACCCGAUUGUCAAAUGGCAGGUCUAGGUUGUGAUAAUAUGACUGUUGUUAUUAUUGGACUAUUACAAGGUGAAACGUAUGAACAGCUCUCGACAAAAUGUGCUAGAACUUAUAUUUCGGAUGAUAAGGAAGAAAAUUUCCUCCUGUGAACAAUGUGCAGAUUAUAAUUUUUAAAUGUAUUUUUAAUAUGUAAAUAAACUUGUAAAUAAUUAUAUCGUCUAGGACAUGUUUUCUUUGGUUUAUUAGUUAGAUAAGGUUGAGUAGGUUUGUGAUAGUGAUUUCUACCAAAUUUCAUGUUUUUUUAGAAGACUGUUAUGUAGUUAGAGGAGUAUAGAUAGAAAUUAUAAUUAGAUCAGCACCGAAUUAUUUUUAACAGUCACAUUUGAGUAGGUUUAGUGCCAAUUAAAUAAAGUUUUUUGUUGAAGGUUGAUUGUAAGUGCAACAUAUGGAAUAAAUCUUUAUUAUCAUUAA